AUGUCGGUAGGGUGGGAGCCUCCACAUGAUAUCCAUUUGGGUCAGCCUGAGGAUAUAUGGUGCGGGGAGACCGGGAUCGUAGGGCCUCAAGAGGCUAUUGCUCCAGAUAGACGAUCUGAUGGCGAUAUGACGGCCAGCCGUACGCUCAGAGACAGGGUGCAAGGCAGAUUACUCGGACAGAGCCGAGUGCGACCCUCCAGAACACCAACAGCCGGUUUGUGGAACAGGACGGGGUUGAUGCCAGGCGACUUGAUGAUGGGGGUUAAAGUUGGAAAAAGCCUUGGUGACGGGUGGGCAACAGUCGGGAAGAAACGUCUCAGCCAAGAGGCGGUGAAGAGAAGCUUGGUUUUGGUGGCGGCAACUAGCUAA